CUUCAAACCAAUAUUAAAAAAACGAGACCUCUGAAGAGAUUAGAAACUUGGAAGCCUUCGCAAUGAAUAUCUCAAUCUAUGAGGGAAAUAUAAAUCCGACCCGCGAGGACGCCGACACCAUGGACCGUAUUAUUAUUACAAGUUACAAGUUUAUACUAUUUAUCCUUAAGUGCUCAACUUACUCUUACUUUUUCUCUCUUCGGUAUCACAAUUUCAUCUCUUUCGAUUUCCACUUAUCUCGCGUCUACAUCACACAUUCUUCCUCUACAGUAUACCAUGAAGCAUUGAAAUCAAACGUCACGUCACGUCACUUAGACACAUUGCGCAACGUGCUAGACAGGAACCGUCUGAUUCAGAUGCUAAUAGAUGAAAAAAAAUACUCUGCAGCUUUGCUGCUGCGAGUGUACGGACGACUGCGAAGAAGCGCGCUCAACAUAAAAACCGGGAGAGCCCCCCCCAUCUACAUACAUAAGGUACGCACGCCGUCCAACUCCCAGCCCAUGAUUAUGAUUUGUGUGUGGUUGUGUAUGCAUGUGUGCGUGUGUGUUUGCUUGCUUGCUCUUGCCGAGUAGAGAGGAGUGGGAAUGUGUGGUAUAGUAAGGCUCCGAAUCGUCAAAUAUCAGUCCCUCGCGGCGUCAUCUGUCUUCCAAAUUUGUGAGGCUGGCUGCCAACUACACCUGAGGGGGGCCACUCGUAGGCUCCUCCUCCGUCUUUCCUAGCGGUCCGCGAUCUAUGUCAUGUCUCGACGGAUAGAAUAUUAAGAUUGGUUUCUGAAAAAGCU